GACUCAUAACCGUACCCCCCCUCCUCGCCUUGAUAAUCGACAUCGACCCCAAGCUUCAAGACUCGCAUGUUUAUCGUCGUGCUUAAUAGAAGCGAACAUUGUUUUCGAACUCGUAUCGAAUCUCUCUCUGGGAGCUCACAAAGGAGGCCAGAGGCAAGCUCUCAUGACUGACUCUGUUCGUUCCCUCGCACCUCGUUCCUCCAGUCGAGUGGAGCUGGUUCUAACGCGUUGAGCUCGCUCCAAUGUUCUGCAGGAAGAUGACUGAAAUGAGGAGGAUCAGUAGACUGGCAUGGAGCUGCAGCUUGGCAGUGGCAGCCACGGCAUUGCUCGUGCUUCUGGCGGCAGAUGUGGCGGAGGCGAACGAAUCAUUCGCCGUGGGCCGCACAUCAUUCGGAGACGCCACUGCGACGUUUUAUGGCGGAAGCGACGCUGCAGGAACGGCUGGGGGGUUCUGUGGGUACGAGAACCCCUUCACUCGAGGGUAUGGAGUCACAACGGUGGCGCUCAGUGACAGCCUGCUCAGCAAUGGGCUCAAUUGUGGCGCUUGUUAUGAGGUCAAGUGCAAGUGGGAGGCCUCGGACUACACCAAGAAGUACUGCUACCAGGGCAUGACCACGAUUGUCUCCGCCACCAACCUCAGCCCCCCCGGGCUCAAUGGCGAGCACCAUUUCGACUUGACGUACCCCAUGUUCGUCAAGAUUUCCAACCCGGAAUCUGGCCGCAUCCCCAUCCAGUACCGAAGGGUGCCCUGUCAGAAGCAAGGAGGAAUAAGGUUCUCCAUGGUGGGAAAUCCCUUCUGGAAUCUGGUCCUCGUCUACAAUGUGGGCGGCUGGGGGAACGUCCACUCUCUGUACGUCAGAGGCUCUCGAACCGAUUGGUAUUACAUGAACAGAAACUGGGGUCAAAAUUGGCAGUGUUCUGUCAACUUGACGGGCCAGAAGUUGUCGUUCCGUGUAGUUCUUGGGAAUGGGCAAACGAGUGUGUUCAACAACGUAGCUGACUCGAAUUGGAAGCACGGCCAGACCUACGAGGCGAGCAGCAAUUUCUGGUGAAGUGGGUCGUGGGGGAUGUCUGUAUGAAGAAUCCGCCGAUCAAUGGAACGGAGCGUUUUGAAAUAAGUUCAGUUGCAGCGAAGCAGAGGUGGCGUGUUAAUAUCACCGUAUGGUUGCGCCCACUGAAUCGCUGGUUCGUACUCGUAGCUUCUGCUUCCGUGACAGAUGUGGUGUGUAAACAACCAUGGACAACUGCGCCCUCUGCCAGGAAGACGAGAUGGCGUCGAGUGGAAAGAGUUCCAGACAGCGCCUUCACACUCGGUGACUGACAGAGUGAAUUUUUCCUUGUCAAUGUGAACUUGGGUCCCGAUGCUGCUGUACGUGUCUGACGAUCUCGUAGGGUUCGCACUGCAUAACAUCAGCUGCAGGAUUCUGCGAGAUGGAUGCAUUGAUUGUACUAUACUGUUCUCUGUACUCGGCCGACUGAGGAACUUCGCGGACGUGGACAUGGUCCAUAGAGGUCUCCCGCUGCGGAACAGCUGCCGAUUGGCUUUUAAAUCAUAUUUUAAUAAAGAGUCAAAUCUUGACCGA